AGUCUUCCGCUCCUUUUAACAGGCACCACAGCCGCGGUCGGCUUCUGCGCAGCAAGACGUUCUCCGAGCGCGAACGAACGCAACUCUCGUACAAAGAAACCUCUGACACUCACACACACAAGAAGUGCUGACGGAGAAGCAAGAAGCUACAGCCCCUUCUUCGUCUGCACACCGGGGAUUCUAUUAUUAUUAUUAUUAUUAUUACUACUUGAAUCUUUCGUUGAGCUGCGCGUACGUACCUCCUCGUGUGACGGUUUAUAGGCAACUGUCACGUCGGUUUCCUUCUCUUUUGUGCUGAAUUUUUUUUUCCCUUUUUUGCGUUUCAUAUCCGCGUAAGACCACUGAAAGAAACAAACGCGUUCAACGUUGAGGAGGGAGGAGUCUCCGUCUACACCGUUGGCUGUUUCUUCCCUUUUCAACGACGUUUGAACGACGGACGUUUUCGUUUUGCCCUCAUUUUCUCCUUAACCAUCAUCUCUACUGUUAUUGUUAUUAUUCUCUUAGUACUGUUAUUACUGUUAUUAUUAAUCUUGGUUUUUGCAUUGCUGCACGCAGUAGCGUUGUCCUUUUUUUGUUUUAAUCAGUGUUUUCCACCUGUGUGUGUGUGUGUGUGUGUGUGUAUGUGUGAACUGGCUCUCUUUUACACUGUAUAGAUGAGCGUAUGUGGUUCUUCUUCUUCAUACAGAGAUAUCUUGCAACCCCGACGUUGUUCCUUUUCUUUUCUUCCCCCCCCCCUUUUCAACCCGUAGAAAGCUGUGCCCACACUUUCCAUCUCCGUGCUCUCUUUGAUUUUUUUCACUUUUCCUUUUUCUUCUUCGUUUAUUGCUGUCUGUUACGCCUUGUCAUUGAGAUAUAUAUUUAUAUAUAUAUAUACACCUUAUGCUGCUCUUCUUCUUCUUUUUGAUGGUGUGGCGCAACAGCUGAACUGGGGACGCAAGAACGAAAAGGAAAAGGAUUUGGUGGUGAACUCUUGCCCAGCUGGUCCAAGUCAAUAACAGCUCUUUGUUUUCUUUGUCUGUCAUUCCAAGCCCAUAUGUACUUACUCUCAUUUGCUCUUCUCCUUCUCUUUUUCCUUUUCUGUUCUCUGUAGCGUGGCACUCAGCACUGAUUUGCUGAUGGUUUUUUAAUCCUCCUUACAGCUCACGUGCCACAGGGCAACAAGGAUUUACAGUUUUCUUUCUCCUCUUCUCUUAUUAUUAUUAUUAUUAUUCCUAUUAUUAUUGUUCUCAUUUCUUCCCCGUUUCGCAUAUCAUUUUCAGUUGUCCUGAUUGCGCUGGUGAACGUGCGCGUGCGUUGCGAUCCUUUUUUCCCCUUCUUUUCUUCCUUCUUCUCCCCGAGCGCUUCGAAGACCGCCAUUUUUUUCCGUUUUGUCUCUUCGCUAUCAUUUCUCUCUCCCUUACGUACGCUGCACGUGGCACCUCCCAUUUCAUUUCACGUGCCUUCCACUUUACCCCCCGCUCCUUUGGUCCUUCUCCGUUCUUCCGCGGUGUUGCUGCUGAGCAUUCUCUAUUACUGUUUUCGAACCAACUGUGUAUCUUUCUGUGUGUCUCUCUCUGUGUGUGUGUGUGUCCCACCACAACAACACGAGUGUCUGAAUGUGUGUGUGUGUGUUUCUUUCAAUCAGUCAUCUUCUCCAAUUGUUUCCCCCUUCGCCAUUGGUUUUACCGCGUCUGUUCGCGUCCCCGCUCUGCCUUUUUUCCGUUCUCGGCGUAUUUCACGUACGCGGCUUCCACGGGGGAUAUCCGUACGCCACCCAGGAAGGAUAAAAAUCACACAUCGCCCACGGCUUUUUUUUUGUUCUUCUGCUGCUUCUCUUGUUGACGCUCGAGCCGCUCGUUGAGGUGCUUUCUCGAGUUGCCGACGUCGUCGCGUUGGGUGCGCGCUGCCGCUACGUGUCUCAGCCUUUCGGUACGUAUCUGUUCCGCUUGUUCUUCCUCUUCUGGUUCACUUUUGUGUUUUCUAAUAAGCUUUCUCUCUUUCUGUCCUUUUCUCAUAGUAUAAUACACGUCCUCCAUCACGGUGCUCUGAUAUAUAUAUAGUAGAGGUGUCAUUGACGCGCCGUAUUUUGUUUCUUGUUUAAUGCGUAAGGAAUUUUUUUGUUUUCCUCUCCCCUUUCUCGUGAUUGCAUUCCGAAUAUUAUUAUUAUUAUCUUUUUUCUCUUGUUGUUGUUCCCUCCCAACGCGUUCGGUUUCGCCCCCCCACCACAAAACGAGGCUGCUCUGCUCUUCGUUCUGUAUUUCCUCCUAACGAGAAGAGCACGGAAUCACUCCGUACUUUUUCUUUUUCUCACUUUCUCUUGUUAGUUCAUUGACUUCUUUCUUUUCCUUUUUAAAAAGUACUUCCGUAGCUUUUUCCCAGUCAUCGUAUAUAUAGAGUUGGUUUCUCGUUUCAACUCCUCUUACUCAUUUUUCUCCUUUUUCUCUUGUGUGUGCGUGUUGAUUUCGAAGCAACCGUUUCAUUCAUCGCGCCGGAGCAGCACCCGUCACGACACGCACACCGUAAUCUAUCUAUCUAUCUAAACCCCAUCUUUUCUUUGUUUCUUCGUUAUUCUACUCACCGCCUUUUUUGUUUUCAUUUUGGCUUUCUUCUGCUUUCUUCUCCCUUCCCUCCUUCUCCUCUGCUGCGUUAUAAGAAACCACACGAACAAAGGUCUGACGGGAGGAGAGGCCAAUUCGAUGCAGCAACGUGCCCCGCAGGCUGCAGAAGAAACGUCGGCGAAGGACUGGAGCUGGGGAGGACAGGCAGCGAAGAUGCCACCAGCAGCGAGCGAAAGCAGUGCUCGCCACAGCCGGGCGAUGCGUGCUACAUCUGGGGAUGCAUUCAUAUCCCCUGAGCACGGUGACCUCACUCGUGUCAACUGUGCCGCAGAAGCGGAGGAGUUCGGAGAAAGGGGCGGCGCUAUCGAUGAUGUCGUGAGCAGUGCGUCGACUUCGUUGACGACCCAAACAAAGUCCCCUGCGCUCUCCACCGCGCACAACUCUUCAUCGGGGGCAGGCGUGGCACGCCACGCCAGCGGUACGGCGUCCGACGUGCGAAGUUCAGCUGCCUUCUCGUCCGCAUCUGGCAUUGGGACACGACGACGACGACCACGACCACCACUACCACAAAGCACGACAAGAAGUGCACAAGGGGUGCUUUGGGGCGGCGAUGAAGUUCAAAGAAAUGCCGCCGCUGAUUUGCGGGACAUGGGUGGCCUGCGACAGCAACACCAAUGCGACGACGACGAGGAGGAGGCUGUAAACCUGCCUCAUGCCACGGCGUGGGGUGCGGGAAGCGCCGCUCUUGUCGAGCGGGACCGCCGACUGUCAGGACUUGAAAAUAAACCGAUACCAGACGCGCUCCGUAGUGGUGGUGGUGUUCACGCGGGGCUGCCGCGGCCGUUACGCACGGACUCCUUCGGGAGCGGCGUGCGUUUUCAUGUGGUGAGUGCUGUUCCACUUCUCGAUGACUGGGGCGGCGGUAAGGAGAAGACGAGCUCCUCGUUCUACCCGUGUCUUGUGGCUCCCAGUGGCCACCACAGCAACGAGGCCAGCUCUACCGUUCGAGUACAAGGCAGCAGGGAGUGCGACGGUGGUGUAGGGAGCGAGGAAGAGGACGACGAUGCUGCGCUGCAGGCCGUCAUCGCCGCAGCGGUGCGUUUCGAAGACUUCUCCAGCGAGGACGAGGACGAUGCGCGUGGCGGACAGGUGUGCUGCGCAGGUGCCGCCGUGCUCGACGAGCGCGGUCACGAACGGCGACCGAUCAGUAACAGCAGCAGCAGCAGCUGCAGUAGCAACAGUCGCUUCAGUGAUGGCACCCGGCGGGAUACGGAACCCGAAGGCACCGCAAUGGGGUUCGAUGCGCGACGCAGCUUCUUCGGAAGCGCCCUUGGCUCCACGGCAGACUGCGACAACACCGGUGCUGACCGGGAGGGCGCAACGCGAGACAUGCAGACGUGUCCCGCUGUUGGUGCGCUCGCAGCCGCAUCGCGCGUUGGCAGAUCGCCGGGAGUUUUGUCGCCCUUUCUCUCUCAAAGCCGGUCUUCACCACCACCACAGCAGACCAACGACAUGCAUAACAGCAGUUGUAGCGCUCAAAUGAUGGGACAAGGCAGAACCGUGCUCACCUCCUUCGACGCAGGCGGCCACGACGCUGCCUUCUUACUUCCGCCGCCGUCGACGUCGCUGCUGCUGUCGCGUCCUCCGUGCUGUAGCGACGAUCCGUCGCUGCACGCCGCUGCCGCCGCUCAUGUGUCACCGCCCAACAGCAACGGCGAUAACAGCAAGGUGGGAUGGAAUGAAUUAAGUGGUGUUGCCCCGUGCGUGCAGGCGGGGACCGCGGUGUUAUCGCGCGUGUCGCCGUCCCCUACGUCUACUUCACCGCAGCAGGCAGGACGUGGUGUCUGCGCGUUGUCGGCAUUCGCCGUACCCACAGCAGCAGCGCCGCGUGGCACUGUCCUCCAUACGGAGUCUUCUCCCGAUGCACAGCCUUUUUCAGCGUACGGGAUGCCACUCACCAAAAGGUACGCUGAGCACCAACAACGGCUGCAGCUGCAGCAGCAACCGCGAAACACUCCUUCUGUGAGCCCGAACGUCUUGCAUUAUGCACCAUCGCAGAUGUCCGUGAGUGGCACCGUGACGACGCUAGCAGCGACGACGCCGACCGCGGGCGGCACUGGCCUGAGUUCCCCUUUGCUCACCACCGCCUACCAGCUACCCACGGCAACACUACAGCAACAGCAGCAGUUACAGCAGCAGCGAAUCGCGGCCGGCGGCGCGCUCACACCGAUUCCCAGCGCCACCACUGCCGCUGACGCAGCCACAUCCUGCCUGCGGUCCACCCGCGCUUCGCGCAACCUGUACUUCCGCAACUUACCCUCCUCAUGGAACACGACCGUGCUAAAGGAGCUGUGCGGCGACUACGGCGUUGUGCUGUCGGCGAAGGUCGCCCACCACCCGGUGUCGAACAAGCCACUCGGCUACGGUUUUGUGCUGUUCGAACGCGAGCGAAGCGCAGCGGUUUGCAUGGCGGCGCUGAACCAUGCGCUGAUCCGCACUGACGGUGAGGAGCCGCAGAUGCUGCUCGUGCGCAUGGCCCACCAGUCCGCCACACCAGGCUUUCAGGAGGACCCCUCCGAUGCAGCAGAGAGAGCAGCAGGGGAGAGGUAUCGUCAGCCGCUUCCCUCUCCUUUGCAGACCGGGCCCCUCUCCGAGGCGGUGGUCCAUCGAGGCAGCUUUCAAAGCAAUCAGACGCCCAACACGGCGACGCCCACAGCGAGAAACGCCGCUGCCUUCGCUACAACGGACAUCAUCGGGCAGCCUACAAGUGUGCCGAGUUCGCCCUAUUCGCGCUUCUCCGGCUCGGCAAGUGGACGUCCGCUGUCGCCGCUGUCGGUGAUCACCAUCGGCAGCGGUUCAUCCUCUGCCGUCAUCAUACCCGAACCUCGUCCUCCAGCUACGAGGCCAACGACGACAACAGCGACGAGUGCAGACGGACAGGACAGCGGUGGUGAGGUGAGACACGGACCCGAUAGGACCAGAUAUCAGCGAGAGUCGUCAUGUUGGUUAUGCGCGGCAGCGACCACGGAUACACCAAGGUUUGCGACCGCUUUCGCCAGUCUUGCUUCGACACCGAUGUGUGGACUGUCUGCGACAGGUGGUGACAACAGCUCGUGUUCUGCGUUGGAAGCUCACUACCGUGUGCGUUCGAACGCUGCCCCCAAGUCCCAGCCCCCACCCCUUCCCCGGCCGUAUUCUCCAUCGUUGCCGCCGCCGCCGUCGCAACAUCAGCAGAGCACGGCAGCAGCAUAUUGCAACGGCGGUGCGGCCUCUACUGCUGCCGUGCUUCACGGAGCACUCGCCAGCCCGUUUUCUCGCUCGCUCAACGGAGCGUGUGGUCUGCUGUCGCACCAUCCGCGGAGCGCUUCUCGCGGUGACGGCGCUACCCUUCUCGUUUCACCGCCGUCCUUCUCGUCAUCCACCACGGCCGCUUCCACCUCCACGCGGAACCUUUACAUCACGAACUUGCCUCUCACGUGGAACACCGCGAAGCUGCGUGACCUGUGCGCGCGGUUCGGCCCUAUCGUGUCCGCCAAGGUCGCGUACCACCCAACAACGAAUGAGUCGCGCGGGUACGGCUUUGUGUUGUUCGCGGACGAGCGGGACGCGGUGGCGUGCGUGCGAAGGCUGCACCGCUUUCGCGUGCCGGACUCGCCGAACGUGCUGGGCUGCUGCUUUGCGAAGAACAAGGCAACCCCCUUCGUCGCCCACGUCACGUCCUCUGUCAACGCGCCUUCCUUCUCGUUAUCCGACACGACCUCGCCUCGCGCUGAAGGGGAGGCUUCUCCUCGAGGGGCCGCAAAGGGGGCGCUCAGCACAGCCGAUGACUCGUCACAAAACGGAUUAUCGCUGCAGGACAUCGACGCAGUGCGUGGCAGCUCGCUAAGGACGCUGCUGGCCAGCAGCGGCAGCUUGAAGGACGCCGCAGCGUUCAUGCCGAUCGAAGUGUUCAGCACGCUGCAGGCAACGGCCUGCGCACAAGGCGUUCGGCACUUAAUGCGAAACCAGUGA